AUGUCUCGGCCUGUGCGAGCUCGCAAGCCUGUCUCUUUUCCGUCGAUCGUUGAUGUUGACGUGCCAUCGGACGCCAGCGACGGAGUUCUCUCAAAUCUCUUCGACCGACUUCUCCAGGUCGAAGAGAAGUGCUCGAAACUUGUCGGCAGCAGUCCCCAGGUCAAGGUGUCGCCGCUGGUAGCUGACAGCGACUCGGAGACAAGUCCAUUCUCGCUUCUUGGGGCGUCACCACCCGCAAAGGUUACAGACGAUGCUCUCGCAGAGGUGGCAGGGCAUAGCGUGGGAAGCAGCCUUGAGAACUCAUGUUCCGCCGAUACGCUUCUCGCGGAGGCUCUUGCUCAGGUGGUAUAUUUGAAACACCAGGGAGCCAACAUUCAAUCCGCAUCCAACGAGACUCAUGUUCCACCAGACAUUGCCAAGACGUGUCUCAACAACUUCUGCAAGCAUUACAUGGCCGACAUCUUUCAAGAUUCGAUCAACAUCAAGCUCAUGUAUCUGAUGCCGCACAUGAUCAACAUGCCAGAAGUUAAUAUAGACCCGGCCGCGCUCAGCCUUUAUCACGGCAUGCUUUACCAUGGGUCUCUAAGCGUGACCACGAGAGCGACCUUGCAGAUUGAAAACGUCACUCGUGUCACGUACUUCCAUUUUGUCCGUGCCAUGGCAGCCUGGCAGAAGAAGUUCACGGGGACGAGGACUGACCUUGUCGUCGCCAUUCUAUAUAUAGACUCAAUGACUGCGUCUGAAGAUAAGCCCGAACACUGGUGGAUGCUCUUCGACCUGACGCUGAUGGCGUAUUGCUCAAUGAUAAUCAUGUGUCGGGAAUUAUCGCGCAUGUCCCUCUACCUGCCCGCCGCUCCCCCGGCGGGGGGAGCCAUCGAUCAGCUAAUGCUCGACAUCGCGCGCCGCAUGCUGAGCUUGUCCCAUGCUGCUCUCAUCAGCUACCCAGUCUCAACGGUGGUCUGCUACUUGUUUGGUGCAUUUCGCUGUGACGUGGCAUACGGCUGCAUGGUAGAGCACUUGCUCACUGGCGACCCCAAUGAGCCGGGUCAAACAGCUGGGCCUGACAUCACUAUCUUGUGGCAGGUGGCGCAAAACAUUACCUCGAUCGCAGAGAGAGACCAAGAAAUAAUGCCACUCGCGAGCACUCUCUACGACAUGAACCAGUCCAUCCGCGCAAAGUGGGUAGACGCGCGGGUUG